AUGGACAUCCGGUCCAAUAUCAGCCUGAGAAAUUUUUCAAACAUCUUCAACGCGUACACCCACUUACGACCAAGGAUCAAUCGUGAGGUCAAACCCACCAUCUUUUCACACUCCAAAGAUACUCAAUCGCAAUGGCUGAUGAACGUGGAAAAGCAUGGCCUCUUGCUGAUGCCGACUUGACGAACUCGAUUCUUGACUUGGUUCAGCAGGCUACUGACUACAAGCAGCUUAAGAAAGGUGCCAAUGAAGCAACGAAAACUCUGAAUCGGGGAAUUUCUGAGUUCAUCGUGCUGACUGCCGACACGGAGCCCUUGGAAAUUUUGCUCCAUCUUCCACUCUUGUGUGAAGAAAAGAACGUCCCGUAUGUGUUUGUUCCGUCAAAGGCAGCCCUAGGACGUGCUUGCGGUGUCACCAGGCCCGUCAUUGCUGUCAGUGUUCUCACAAAUGAACAGAGGGAGCUGGUCAGUCAGAUACAGACCAUUAAACUUGCCAUCGAAAAGCUUUUGGUGUAGAUCUAUUGUGUUUUUGUACGACAAUAAGAGUUUGAAAUUGCCCAUUUUCCUUUGUCGGUCGAAGAUUUUUUUUCGGCAUUAUAAAGAGUGUUCCCUUCGAUUUACGAC